GGUUCUCCGUCAUGGUUCCGUGCAAGUGCAGAUUUGUGAAAGCGUUGCACGAGCAACGCAGAAAUAGUGGAUAUAAACGACAACUUUAGAAAAAUGGACGAGCCCAUGUGUUUAACAGAAUCUCUUGUCAGUAAUAGUGAAGUUUCAACAAGCGAAGAGACAGUUUUAGAGACGUUUAGCCAUCAAGUUGGGGGACGUUCCCUCAUUCUUACUUACAACCGUAACACUGUAUGCAAACCUUUGAAUCCCCAAGAACUACGCUUUUAUCUCGAUCUUCCAGAGUCUUUACGACCAUUUACUCCCCAUUACAAAGGUGUCUUAAAAGUGGCUGUACAAAUUGAUGAUGCUGGAAAACUAAAACUGACGUCAAGUGAGACACCAACAGCUUGUAAUGGCAAAAUUCGAAUCAAUAAUGUAUUGAAAGAUGAUGAAAACCUAUCGAAAGGGGGAAAUCUUCACAAUGGAGAUGGAAGUCUUCAUUCAGAAGGCUCUAUAAACCCAUGGACAUUUCACUGUGAAAAUCUACUCUAUGAAAGCCUUAAAGAAAGUGUAAACAACAACAAACCCAUAGAUUUCAUGUUGAUGGAAGAUUUAGUUCACAAUUAUGUAUCACCAUGUAUAAUGGAUCUUAAAAUGGGUAAUACAAUGCAUGAUAGCUAUACUAAUGAAGAAAAGUAUGAAAGACAAAAGGCUAAAGUAUCUGCAUCAACAUCAAAGACACUUGGAUUAAGAAUAGCAGGGAUACAGAUUUACAACCAGGACUUAAAGAAGUAUAUUUACCAAAAUAAGUAUUUUGGAUUUGAACUUAAUGACCAAAGUUUUAAAGAGGAACUCUCUAAAUUUGUACACAAUGGAAACCAACUGAGAAAACAUGUUGUUGUUAGCUUUCUGGAAAAGCUGCAAGAACUUUAUAAAUGUCUAGAGAAGCAAGAUAAGCUGCGUUUCUUCUCAAGUUCUCUUCUUCUCAUUUAUGAAGGUCACCAUAAUGAACUGUGUGAGAAUACCUCAAGUAAUGCCUCAAAUUACAGCCAAAGAAAUGGACAGGAUGAAAUGGCAGCUGUAAAGAUGAUUGACUUCGCAAGGUCAUUUCAUUAUACACAGAUGAUACCCAUAGGUGCUGAUGAAAGCUAUCUGUUAGGUUUAAGGAAUCUCAUUAAAAUGUUUCAAGAAAUUCUUCUUGAAGAGGAAACUCAUAAUCAUAAUUCCUUUUCCAGAGUAAAAGAAAGUACAAAUAAUUAAUGGUGAUUUUAGCAGACCUAUGCUUCUUUUUUAACAAGAAACAUGAACAAGGACCUUGAAGAGUAUGUAUUUGCAUUAGGAGACAUGACAACUACUCAAUGUUAAAUUAGGUGAAGAUAAACAAGAGAAGACUUGUACUCACAAAGAAUAAUAUAUUAUAUACCUUAUUUACAUCUUGAACGAUUUACUGUAUUGGACCUUCCAGAAUAUAAAACAAAACUUAUCUAAGAAAAAACAUUUGAAAUAAAAGUAAUUUUUCAAUACAGAAUAUUCAUCAAAAAAAAACUGAAAAAGAAGACAGUAUUUUCACAUCUUGAAACUUCUAUUUAUAUUGAGUGACAAACUUAGAUGUGUGAUUUAAUAACUGGACUGGAAGAGUGAAAUAUUUCUCUGUUAAUGCAGGAGACCAGUCAUGUUGCCAACUGAAGUAACUGUUUUUACAUAUGAGAAUAUAUGAUUUAUUGAGAAUGUAUGUGAAUGUACAUGCAUUUAGUCACUGAACAUAUAAAAAGAUAAGGCAAACAAGACUGAAAAUAUAUAGUUUGUUAAAAUUAUCUCUGAAAUAAAUAAGUUAAGAAUUUGUAUUUUGUUAUAAUAAAAUAUUGAUAUACAAUAA